UACCUAAUCAUCGGCAGCUGGCCAUCAACCUCAGAUCAUUAUAAUCAUAUUAUAACCUCUUUAGAUCAAGUCGCCUCAAUUAACGACCACAAUAAGCCGCAAUGAUUUCGCGAUUGACUAUUCAGAGGUCUCUGCAGCUCCCUCAGCGAGCAUGUGCGACUCGACGCACUUUCGCACUCUCUGCCCGCCUUCUUGAUACCACGAACCCUGUCGCAGCUAAAUCCGAGACUACCCCCGAAACCAAGAGCGAGGAGGACUCGUUGGGAGUGGUAGAGAAUGAAGAGAGGGGAUUGACGCAGGCGCCAAACCGAACCGAUAUCUGGUCGAGAAGUCAAAAACCCAGGGCUGCGGCCAUGACAGGCCCGAGAUUCGAACAGACAGAUUUCUCCCUCCAACCUCAACCGAGAGCAGCUAUUGAUCUCAUCCACAAGAAGCCAGUCGAAUGGACCCACGACCGAAUAGUGGCAUGUGACGGUGGAGGGGGGCCGGCGGGACAUCCUCGAAUCUUCAUCAACACAGACAAGCCGGAAAUUGCUACUUGUGGCUACUGCGGUUCUCCAUUUGCAAACGAACAUAACAGAGAGCACCUAGAAUCACUACCGCAGACCUCGUAUCCUCUUGCAUAAGGAUAGACACUCGCCCAUCAAUGGUAGCCAUGGAGUGGUACUGAAUUGAUAUUAUAUAAUUCUCAAGUCUACCUAGGCCGAACAGGAAGUCCAUGCAGCUAUGUACAUAUUAUUCCGACUGCUGAAGUAUUUAAAAAUGCUUUACAAAAGUCACCACCUGGUAAAAGCACAACAUAAAACCUCAUACUCCCAAAUUUAGCUAACUACCUGUUAUGCUAAACUCUUUGUUAACCGACUUAGAUUUAUUCCUUCACUCAUUGGUUGAUUUAUCCCCAAAGGCUAAGAUAUACGUAU